AUGACGAUGCUUCCCAUUCUCUUACUACCAUUCUUUCCUCUUGCUUUGGCGGCACCGUAUUGCGCCCUAACAGCUGGUUCUGUUUCCGCUACUUCAUCUGCUUCCACUCCAGCUGCGACGUCGAAAUGCACUUCUAGCGCCAGCACCAGGGCCACCACGAAUGGCACUUCUGACUUCAUGUCUGCCGCAUGGUAUCCUGGCUGGCAGGAAGAUUACCCACCAGCCGAUAUCCCAUGGGAAAAGUACACCCUCAUGACAUUUGCCUUUGGUACAACUACAUUCGAUCCAUCCGUGAUUGCUUUGGACUCACUGAGUGAGUCGAGGCUUCCCGACUUUGUGGCAAACGCUCAGGCUAACAAUGUCUCCGCCCUAUUGUCCAUCGGUGGUUGGACGGGAUCCCGUGGCUUUUCUCCAGCAGUUGCCACCGCCGAGAACCGCACCACGUUCAUUCAGACCAUCGUCAACCUUGUCAACACUUACAAUCUGACUGGUAUCGACUUUGACUGGGAGUAUCCCAACAAGGACGGCAUCGGGUGCAACGUCGUCUCCGCCAAUGACUCCGCCAACUUCCUCACCUUCCUUCAAGAGCUUCGUCAAGAUGAGACUGGUUCCAAGUUGUACCUUUCAGCCGCUGUUGGUAUCACUCCCUUCGCUGGUUCUGAUGGCGAGCCGAUGACCGAUGUCUCCGAGUUCGCGCAAUAUUUGGACCAUAUUGCUAUCAUGGCUUACGACAUCUGGGGCUCUUGGUCCACCACUGUUGGUCCCAACGCUCCCCUUAACGACACAUGUGCCACGAACGGAGUGGGUUCCGUCGUUUCAGCAGUGAAAGCAUGGACAACCGCUGGGUUCCCUGCCAGCCAGAUCGCUGUAGGCGUUGCAUCUUACGGCCACAGCUUCCACGUUGACGACUCCAAUGCGCUCGCCUCCAACGGUUCUCUGAAGCUCUACCCGACAUUCGAUGCUUCACAGCAACCUGCUGGUGAUAGUGAUAAUAUCACCACCGCCACUCAGUCCACCGACAUUUGUGGUAAUCCCGGCGGAAUCAGCGGUGUCUUCAACUUCUGGGGUCUCAUUGACGGUGGCUUCCUCACUGAAAAUGGCACAGCUGCUGAGGGGAUAGAUUACAUCUUUGAUGACUGCAGUCAAACUCCCUACGUAUACAACUCAACCUCCCAAGUGAUGGUCUCCUUUGAUGAUGCUACCUCUUUCGCCGCGAAGGGGCGGUACAUUAGUGACACUGGACUGAAGGGCUUCGCGAUGUGGAACGUCGCUGGUGACUCGAAUGAUAUAUUGCUUGAUGCAAUUAACGAAGCCCUUGGUACGACCGUGGAUGACGAAUGUUAA